AUGGGUGGAUGUAGAUGUACGUUCCGUGAAUGUGAAAAUGCAACGUCUAUACGGAAGGAGUUGCACUACUUUCGGUUUCCCGUGCGUGAUCCGGAACGGAUGCAGGUAUGGGUAAAGAACGCUAACCGUAAAGAAUUUUUGGAUCUACCGAAUGACAAGCUUUGCAACAAGGUCGUGUGUCAGGAACACUUUGAACGUAAAAUGUUUAUGAAUGAACUGUGCGAUCGCCUGACGAAACUGGCAAUCCCUCGGUUGAUGCCGAAACCGGACGGCACUAUAAUAAAUGUGGAAACGGGUGUAGAAUUUGAUAGCCAAUCGCCCAAAGAUGGGGCAUUAGAAGGAGCAUCUGCGGAGAAAACUACGAUAAAGAUCGAGCAAAUACAAAUGCAACAUACCGUGCGAAGGAGUAAAACGGCAGAGCCUCCGAUUAAAAAAAUUAAAAUAUUAAACUCGGAAACGAUGAUUCGCAACAAAGCCGGCACACCAUGCGAAGUGAUACGUAUUAAACACGAACCGAAAGGAAAAGAGCGUCUUCUGCAAUUGCUGAAUAAGAAAGUGAAUUCGAUGCACCAUAAAACUAAAGCAACGAUCAUUAGCGACGAAAAUGGUGAACCUACGUUUGCCGACGACGACAAUUUGGAUGUUUACAUUCAUGACGAAAUACAAUGCAUCGAUGAGCCGGGUGAAUCAUCGUCUUCUGUGAACGAUCAACAUGACAUGCCGAUCUCUACCGUUGAUAGCGUCGUACUGCCAACCCCCGCAACCGUCACAGUGCCCGUCCUAGAUCCAGUAUUAUCGAAAAAAAUGGAUCAGAAUAUUCGCGAAUUAGCCGAACUCAAGAAGCUAGUGCAAGAUCUUGCGAAUCGUCCGGAACCACAGCCUGUGAUUAUUCCUGCUGCAGCCGCACCGGCAAAGGUAGUCAUGGAAAAGGGUCCGCAGCUUACUAAGGCUCAACUAUUUAACAACAUUAAACGAUACCUCAACCCCACGAUGGUUACGCUACUGCGAAUGGAGCUGUUUGGCGGAUCAACCGAACGUCAAUGGAAAACAGAUGAGAAGAGCCUGGCAGUCGAUAUGAUCAAUUUAGGCGAGCAAGUGUAUGAUCACUUCAAGGAAGAGUUCCGUUUCCGUUUACCGUCGAAGGGUGAAGCAAAAGAAUGGAAGGAGUCGGGAGAAAUCGUUGCCGACGAUGCAUGCUAG